AUGAAAAUAGAGAAAAGAUCAGACAAUCGUUCUUUUGAUUCUAUUUUGCCAAUACAUAUUGAUAUUGAUCAAAUAAAUGAAGAAAAUAAAACUUGUAAAUACAUAAGUGGGAAUAUUAACGGUGUAAUAUAUAAUAAAAAUACUAAUAAUAAAUUAAUAAAAAUUGUUGGUGGUGAUUAUAAUUAUGAGAUAAAAGAUAAUAAAAAAAUAAUUUUAGGAAAUGGUUCAAAAAGCCUAGUAACUACUACAUUAAUAGGUCCAACUCAAAAUAAUUUAAUAUUUAGUAAAGAUAUAGAAUAUGUUCAAUUUAAUAUAAGAAUAAAAAAUAUGAAUGGAAAUAGAACUGAAAGAGAGAAAAUUUUUGAAGAAAUUAUUACAAAAAAUUUUGAACAAAUAUUUGAUCAUAGUUUAUAUAAAUUUCAACAAUUUUAUUUCAAAGUUCAAAUCCUUCAUGAAUGCUCAUAUAUAUUAUCAAGUAUUAUUAAUUCUAUUAUGAUAAAUUGUAUUUAUAAUAAUAUAAGUUUAAAUUAUGUUAUUAACUCAAUUAACAUAGGAAUAGUUGAUAAACAGAAAUAUCAAAAUUUCAUUGAUGAUAAGUAUUCUUCAUCAGAUUUUAUUUUAGAAGAUGAUGAUAAUAAUAAUAAAGAAAAUAAAAAUGAAUAUCAAAAUAUCAGAGAUAAAUUAUUUUAUGAAUAUAAAUCUAAAUACAUACCUAAAAUAAUUUUAGACCCUCUAAAUGAAGAAAUAGAAUUAUAUUGUAAUAGUGCAUUUUGCUUCAUUGUAGCUCCUAAAUUUCAUAAAGUUUUAUCAAAUAUUUUAAUCAAAAAUCAUUUAGGUAUAUCAAGAGAAUUAUUUUUAUUAUCAGAAUCAUAUGCUUAUCAAGUUUCUAAUUUCUUACAUGAAAAUAUUAAAAAAAAUUAUAAGUUACAUUUAAACAAAAUGGAAACAUAUUUAAAUAAUAAUUAUUUUUAUUAG